AUGGCCCAAGCACUCAGCACUGCCUCAGCUACCAGAACCUUCUCCCAAGUUGAGGCAAAGCCACGCACAGCCGUAGCGCGGGUGGCUCCAAACCACUUGUGCCCGGGCCACAGAGGUAUCGUUGCUGCCAAGGCCUGCGCCAGAGCCUACACGUGGAGGCCAGGCAUGGACUCUGAGACUGAGCGUCAGGUUCAAGACUGUGACAUCUGCCAGGAAAACAGCAGGCUUCCGGUGAAGGCUCCUGUACCUCAUUUCGAAGAAGCUUCUCGACCGUGGCAGGUUCUUCCCUUGGACUUUGCGGGACCGGUGGAAGGCCUCAUGGCGCUUGUAGUGAUGGACUCAUUUACGAAGUGGCUUGAAGUGAGGAACGUGCACUCAGCUUCGUCGAAGACUGUAAUCAGAGAACUGAGGUGGAUCUUUUCCACCUCCAGUAUCCCGGAAAAGAUAGUUUCGGACAAUGGUGCGCUUUUCGUUUCUGCUGAAAUUAAGGACUUCUACAAGAGCGAUGGUAUUACUAGUGACUAG